GUGCGCCUUGAACUCUUGGGCAGCAAGAUCGCACAGUUGCGAGAAACUUCAGCGGCUUGGUUUUGGCGUGAGCAUCGCAUCCUAGCCCCGCGACCGAUACUCGCGUGAGGCUGGGCCAGGUGACCGCGCUUUUGCACGAUGGGCUGCUCCAGCAGCGCCCUCAACAAGGCGGGCGACAGCAGCAGGUUCCGUAGCGGAGUACCUUCCAAUGAGAAUUCUUCCACUGGAGAACAAAGCAAGUUCUGUGUGGCCCAACCCACACCAUGUACACCAGGAAGAGAAACUGCUUUUUAUAGCAAUGCGCAAAGGGCUGGCCAUGCUCCAUCGGAGAAGCCCAAGGCUUCAGUGGUGCCGACGGCCAACGGUGUUAAAUCUUGCCACCAACCGUGUCUGGCAAAUGAUGAGGCCCCUGGAAAGGAUGCCACAGACCAGUCAGGAACCACAAAAGAGACUGAGCCUGUAGUGCGAAAGGAAGAAUGUGAGGCACCUCAGCCAGGAUGCAAAGAUGCUACCCUGGGACCUGAGGAGAUGAAGAAGGAUGUGGAAACAAGCGCAGAGGCCCAGACGUUGAAAGGAAACACGGAGACUGAACCUCUAGGAACAGAAGCCAGGAACCAGCCUCUGAGGACACCACGAGAGGGGGACUCCCCUGGAGCAGGGGAGCACACUGAGAUUCCACAAACUGCUGGAGGGAUGAAGGUUCUGGAAACAACUGAGGAUGCUGUGCCUCUGGAAACAGCUAAGGAGCUGCUACCACCUGAAGAAGCCAUGGGACCGGAUACAGAGCCCCAGAUUGUAGAAGCAACAAUUCCCAGAGAGAACAGCUCUCCCGAAGUAGAGGAAGGGUGCCAGCCCGCAGAAGGCGGUGACGAGCAGCAGCAACCCCAGCAAACAGCGUGCAAAAAUGAGCAGCCCCAACUUCUCGAAAUAGUUCUCAAAGAGAAUGAGACACCGCACACGCCAGACAGAAGCCAGCUCGUGCAAACUCCUGUAAUGAACGAGUCACUCUGUGAAACUCCCGAUGGGACCAGAAACGCGGGUGAAUCUCAGCCCGAAGCAACAGUUGGAAGCAGGGAGAAGCAGGCAGGAACUGCAGUAGAGACAGCAGCAAAUGCGAAAAUGGCCGGAGAAAUUAACACCGGUAAAGAGGAGCAACACGUUGAAGGCGAGACUGGAGAAAAGAUGGACGCGGGAAUGAAAAGCGAGGAAGAAAGUGAAGCCACAGAAAAAGAAACAGGAGAAGCUGUGGAUGUCGGAGCGGCAGAAGGCGGUGGCAGACCGGCUAGUGCACACAGCACACUAUAG